CAUUCCAUGGGAUAUGUGCCCAGUACCAAAAACAGUUAUUACUCCGUCGAGCUAAAACAUCGGCGCAAGAUGAAUUUUAAAUGAUUUUAAAAGAAACAAGACCAUGCAUCAAGCACUUGAAAUUUUGCUGGUUCUGUUGGUGCUCCUAUUGGCCAGGACUCAGUCACGCCCUCUGGAUGAACUUAAAAAUGAAAUCCAGCCAACCACUACAGCAUGUUUAACUCCAAACUGCUUGUAUGACUCCAAAUGCUAUGCACACGAAGAAGAGAUAAGUCAUGGAUCAAACGGGGAAGGAUGGUGUUAUGGGCUGUUAUGUAAUGAUGGUAAUGUUGUCACAUGGGAUGACUUUGAUUGUGGUCCAGUUUCCACCACACCUCUAACAACAAUGACACCCACCACCCCACCUAGUCUCCCUGUUACAACCAUUCCAAAGUCCGGGUGCAUGUACAAUGGCAUUUGGUACGAAGAGAACAGUGACAUAGAAAAAGGGACAGAUGGUAUGGGGUGGUGCUAUGGAUUGUACUGUACCAGUGAUGGAAGGAUUAUUGCAUGGGAUGACUGGAACUGUGGCCCUACAACAACUCCUACAACAGCUCCUACAACAGCUCCUACAACAGCUCCCACGAUAGCUCCUACUACAGCUCCUUCUACAGCUCCCCCACCACCUCCCCCAUCAACAACACAAUUAGGUUGCCUCGAAAAUGGUGUCUGGUAUGCCCCAGGCAGUGAGAUAAGUAGGGGAACAGAUGGGCAAGGUUGGUGCUAUGGGGCGAUUUGUACAGAUGAUGGUCAAAUCCAGCUAUGGGAUGACUUCAAUUGUACAUCACAGUCUACACCCACACCCACACCUCCAGCUCUGCCCAAAGGUUGUUACUAUGAGGGGAAAUGGUACCCAACUGGUGUCUUUGAAGGUACUAAUAGCCGUGGGUGUAGGUUUGGAGCACAUUGUGGUUUGGAUGGCCAAGUGAUAGAUUGGGAAGAAUUUGACUGUCAAAUCAAGAGCCAGUGACAAGAAUUUCACCUAGAAUUUAUGCUUGGCUAACUAAGUCAUAAAUAUUGGAGACAGAUAGUCUGCAUGGGCUAUGGGUGUAACAUUACACAGUAGCCUAUGAUAAUACAGUGCACAGUUCACAGAUUUGAAUGCUUUCUCAUUUAAGAUUUUCACAAAUGUGUAAUCACUUCAAUAAUUGUUUUCAUAGAUUGACAAACAUUAGAAAUAAAGCUGUCCUCUCUGGAA